AUGAGGAUGCUUACCGUCAAACAGCCAGCGCAUCACGGCUACCAGUCCGUCCAUGACCUCCCCACGCCGCCAAGCACAUCUCGACCCUCACCUCCCUUGAUAUAUCAAGAAGAUCGCCUGCCGCGGCCCGCCUCGAUACAUCGACCUUCUAGCCCAGCCCGUCAGCCCAUGUCGGGACAUCAUCGUGGCUUGCCUCCUCCGGCGGCCAUGACGCUAGCCCAGCCGCCACCUACGCAGAGUACUGCUGCACCACAACCUCCGCCGCCGGCUGGUCCCCAGCUUGGCCAACCCCCCGCUCUUCAGUCCCAACCACACUCGCAAACCCAGCUAUUGGGACAACUGCCUGCUCCUCCACAAUGGCAGCAGGGGCCUGACGAGUCCAUGAGAGCCUGGCUGCUGGCUAAGGCUGAGGAGGAGAAGAGAAGGCAGGAGGAGGAGAGAACGCGCCAGGAAACCCUACGCUUGGAGCAAAGGAGGACAGAACACGAGAUCCUGAGGACUUCGUUGCAAGGAGGGAUUCCUCCUCCAAUGGUGCCUGUGGUCUUUGCAGGGAUGGGCGGCAGCACAUUGCCCCAGGCCGCUCUCGACUGGGCCCAGCAGUACAUGUACUCCCAAAUGCAGGCGCAGGCGCAACCCCACCAGCCUCAACUGCUGUCAUCCACAUCUGGUCCUAUUUCACCAGAACACAGACGAGACUCGCAGCCACAAGCCUUUGUCGUCUAUCAGCCACAGUCAGGCGUGCCCCCGACUCCAGGCUCGGCACCAGGGCCUCAGAGCGCUUACUCGAGCCAACCACCAGGGUCACCGCACAGGCCACGGCACUAUAGCCUGCCAGGAGGCCGCGGUCCAGCAUCAGGCAGUUCAGGCCUGCCCAACAUCAACACAAGCAUUCAAGGCGGGUCUAGCGCACCUCACAGCUCUCUUCCCAGCGGACCGACGGUUCAGUCUCAAGCUCAGGCCGGCCAUUCUCAAGCCUCUCCAUCUAUUUCAUUCCUUCACUGGGAACCACCCACCAGCCACGUAUCUGGAAGCGGGUCCAAGCAGCCUGCGACGCCCUCCGAAAGAUUUUCACUAGUAGGAGAAUCGCCACGGAAGCGAAAAGCAACCGGACCUCAGCCAGCCGCACCGCCGCCUGGCACGCAACCAAGAAUCCCAUCGCCGCCCUCAUUUCAACACGGCGCGCCAAGCUCGAGUUUGGCGAAUCCUCCUCCAGGUCGACGCCGAGGCCCAGGGCAUGUCAGACAAAGAAGUGACAUAUCUCUUUACAGACGAGUCGGAAACGGGGGCGGGAGACAGGAGCACUUAGGAGGCGGCUUCCGAUCACAUUCGCCCGCGUACUCUUCAGCGCCUGCCACGGCGAGGGAAGUUAAUUUACCCGGUGACUUGUCACGACAGCAACAACAACACCAGCACCAAUAUCAUCAAGAGCAACAGCAACAGCAUGCGCCCGCGCCACCUCGCAACGCGCCUCACUCGGUCUCAUCUUUACUUUCAGAAGAGCCUUCGCCAAGAAACGUACAGUACCACCAGUCUUCCGCUCCAGAAACAGAGCGGAGGACCUCGCCAACGGCAGAUUAUACUGGAUCCAUGCGUCAACGAGAAAAUGAAUGAAUGUGAAAUGUUCUUGUGGCGCGACCCUCAAGACCAAGACGUGCAACUCAUCUUGAAGCUACCCCGGGCAACUGGCCUGUAAGAUACGGAGUCGAGAGAGAUACUGGAAAAUAGAAAGUCGCGAGGACAUUCAAAAUUACCGAUUCAAGCAAGCAGCUGCGCAUCUGGAUCAGCCACGCUAUCUCUGAUGGUCCUCGAGUCACCACAAUGCCAGUCUCUGGAGGUUUUUUCUUUCUUUUUAUUAUGGAUUCGCCAGGUUUACGGUGGACAGCGCAAGUAAACCAACCUUGUUUUUUUUCUUGGUUGUUCGCUCUCGACGAUCAAGACGGCGACAUGAUACUGGCUUUGCCUAAGCCAGGCGUAAAAAGAAAAGUACGAUCCCACAAGCAAGAUUCUCGGGAAAACUAAAUCAAAACUGUAACAUCACCCUGUGUCUCCAAAAUAACUCCAUAUAAUCAUAUUC